AUGGACCGCAAGGACCCCAUGGUUGGCACGGGACUUGUCGGCGCGCCGGCUUGCGGCGACGUUAUGAAGCUGCAGAUCAAGGUCGACAACGGCACCAUCACGGAUGCCAAGUUCAAGACCUUUGGCUGCGGCUCGGCCAUUGCGAGCUCCAGCUACCUGACGGAGCUGGUCAAGGGCAUGCGGAUAGAGGAUGCGGCCAAGAUUCGCAACACCGAUAUCGCCAACAACCUACACCUCCCGCCAGUUAAGCUUCACUGCUCUAUGCUUGCUGAGGACGCCAUCCGCGCCGCUAUCGCCGAUUAUCACACCAAGAACCCGCCCACGAACUUGGGCAAGUCUGAGGUCAAGACUCUCGAGAUGGAGAAGUCGGUCCAGAGGGUCCAAAGGAUCAAAAUUGUUUUGAUGCAUAUUACUCGGACGUACGGACUCGGCUGCGAAGCCGGAAAUUCGGGCAAGAGAUUGGGACGUAGCAGCGGCCCGUCGGUUAUGAACACCAGACGUGGACGCACUGAGAGUUGGCUGCACGUUGGAUAG